AUGAUAGCUGCUGACAACCAUGAUAACACCGAGAUUCUUAUCCCUUUGACUAACGUGACAGGAACCAUCUUGGCGAAAGUGAUCGAGUACUGCGACAAACACGCUGCUGACGAUGGGUGCAUUACUGAUGUAGAGAAGGACUGGGAUGUGGAGUUUGUGAAUGUAGAUGCAGCGACACUGACACACUUAACGAAGGCUGCUAGUUUUCUGAAAAUAAAAAGUUUGCAGAACUUGACAUUGCAGAAAGUGUCGGAGAUGAUAAGAUAUAGAACAACAGGGGAGAUACUAAAUCUAUUCCCUGAUUUAUUCCGUGUCGAGGAAGUACCAGUCAAAAGAUAA